AUGUUUUGAUUUGCAAAUAAAUAAUACAUUAAUGGUUUAAUACUAUUAUAAUAGUAUAAUAAGUUAAUAACUGAAUAAUAAGUAAUAAAAAGUGUAAACACUAAACAAUUAACAAGCUGCUCUUGCUGAAAAUUGAAAUGGUUGAAAUAGUUGGAUAUUCAAAUGUUUUUAUUGCUGUUUACUAUUUAUUAAUGUUAGUGUGUUACUAAUGCCAUAUAAUAAUAAUAAUAAUGUCUAUUAACAUAAAUGACAUAUUUAUAGGAGAAGUUGCAUCUGUCCAAAAUUAUGGGGCAUUUAUUAGAAUACCAGGAAAUAAACAACAAGGUCUUGUACAUCGCACACAGUUGUCUAGAGUGCCUGUGGAUGAUGCCACAGAUGUUUUAUCUAAAGGUGAUAAAAUAUGGGCUAAAGUUAUUGGAACAGACGACGGAAAGAUUUCUCUAUCUAUGAAACUCGUAGAUCAAGGUAGCGGCAGAGACUUAGAUCCCAAUGGAGUUCAAAUGUUUCAAGAUGAACAAAGAAGAAAGAUUCAACCCAAUUCCAAGGGUAAAAGAACAAUUCAAUUAGAUGCAGUUUAUAACACAAAGUGUGUGAGAUGUGGAACUGGUGGACAUUUAGCCAAAGAUUGUUUUAAAGGUACAUCUGGAAAAAUAUAUGAUCUUUUGCCAGAAGAUGAUGAGACUGAAGUAUUACACAUAGUACCUAUCCAAUCUGAAAAGUCUGAAGUAACGAACAAAGAUAUUUUAUCAACAAAUGAAAAAAACAAGAAAAAGAAAAAAAAGAAAAAAUCUAGUGAAUUAAAGAAAAAAAAGAAAAGAAAAAGACAUUUAUCAACUUCUUCGUCAAAUAGUUCCAGUUCUGAUGAAAGUUCAAAAAAAAAAUCUAAGAAACACAAAAAAAAUAAAAAAAAUUAAUAAAAUACCUUUUAUACUACAUAAUAUUUCAAUAUAAUUUAUUGACUAAGAAUCUAGUUUAUUUUAUUUUAAAAAGCUUGUAUUUAUUAUAUUUAUUUAUGUAUUAUUAUUAGUGAUUAAGCAAUAGGACACAUUAAUUUUCUACCUUUCUUUCAUAAAGUCUAAAUAGAAACUUUAAUUUUUAAAUUAACAAAUCAAUCUUAACAGUUUUUAAAGUUUCUUAUUUUGUUUUUCAAUAAAUAGCUAAUUCUAGUG